AUGGCCUCACCCCUUCGGGGAAAGCCCUCUCCGGCCCGGGCGGAAUCCAUCCGCUCCGAGGAGACGGCGACGGUCAGCGUGGAGACCUCGUCCCACCGCGUGGAGACAUCCUACCGUCACGUGAGGACAUCUUCCCGGCAGGUGGAGACCACCCAGCGCAGCAGCGAGGGACCCUCCGUCUCCUCCUCUGGGAAGCGACUCCCUCGAGUCCUCGAGGUGUCCUCCCAACACGUGGAAACCGCCUCGCAGCUCACAGAGACGGCUUCCCGCGACGUCAGGGCCUCGUCCCUGCGGGUGGAGACGUCUGUGCACCGCGUGGAGAGCACGCCGCGGCGGGAGAAGCCAGCCGCCCGCCAUAACAUCCAAAAGGCCCGAUGAAAUGCUGCCUUCCUCGGGGCCACGAGGGGGCCAUGGCCCUUGGCCAGGACAGAAUCGCCUCCAGUUCGCAGCCUGCCUGCUGCCAGGUGGACCGAUCAUCUUUGGUUUCCUGGAAACAGUCCACAAAUCAAUUUAAGAAAGAGCCAAGCUGCGGUUUCGGCAAGCCUUUGACCCAGUGAACUAUUUUAAUUUGAAGCCAGCAUAAAAAGUUUUUAGGCUCUAGAUACUGUAUGUGUUAAGCUGAUGGAAAAGAGACUGUUUGAGCCUCCAAGGCAGACUGACCUUCCCACUGACUUGAGAAACUAGACCUCCAAUAAGUGAAUUCAUCCCUCUGGGCCUCACUGCCCCUACUGAAAAAGAUGUUUGGACCAAUCUUUGACUAUGUGAUUCCCAAAGUGAGGAAUGCAGACACUGC